AUGGGCCAUGAGAGCCACGAGGCCGGAGGGUCCUUCGCCUUGCUCCCCCAAAGGGGCCCACAGGCCGGUGACGCAUACGAGCCGCAGGCUUUGGCACCGCCUGUGCAGACAUACAAGCGGAGAAGGGACAGCGCCCCUCCACCUUCGCUUCGCCCAGCGAUCAAACUGGAGGCGUCUCACUCAACGAGUGGCGCCUUGGAGGAGGAGCAGCCCCACGUUGCAUCCGCAAGUGCGGAACAGGCCCCUGUGCCUCCUUCAUUCAUGGAGCGGCAUAAGCUCCGUACCAUGGGCACCAUGGGCAUGUCCGGAGACGAUCUGCGAAAAGCGCGACAAGUCGUCUGCGAUAAGGCGCAAGAAAUCAUGGUUGAGCGGUUUCCACGUGACAAAGUCAAGGAGAUUGUCAACAAAGAGGAAUGCUACGAGACCUUCAUGGAACUGGCAGGCUUUGUUGCACUGGGCGGGAAGGAAGGAAAGAAGGUUGCGGAGGACUAUGUGGUGGAAGUCGACAACCGCCCGCAAUUAAGAAGUGAACGUUGCAUUGUCAGGAAUCAGUAUGGCGCUGCUACGAAUUCAGUCCACGAAUGUGAGUGUACAGAGUGCCGAUGCGGAAAGAUCAGGAUGUGCGCCGCUUUUCAGAUGGUCGUUGAUGAGCUUAAGGCACAGACUGCACCGCUAAAGCAACGUCGGCUGAAUCUGCUUACAGUGCUCAAGAAGUACCUGCGGCGCCAGCCUCGUGCCAGAGAGCUCCCGGACAAACUCGGGGCCAUCAACUUGGAUCGACACAGGUCUGUCAGUGACUACGACGACGGCGAAUCACAGCAGACCGGCUCGACAAACCCACCUGGCAAAGCUAAGCAUGCUGAACAUGGCCAACGACAGCUGUCCCAAUCUGCAGCUUCAACAAAGCCUGCCGCUGCGAAAGUCAUCGACGUCGGUGGUGAGGAGGUGGCUCAGACCCGUCCAAAGAAGCGCUUCAAGCUGGACAGCAGUGAAGACUUGUCGAGGGCCCCACAAUCACUCCGAGAAGGCGUGGCUGUGCCGAGAGCACAAACAGCCGAGUCUUUACAGGAAGGGGACAUGCAGGUAGACAGCUCCAGGAAAGACUCUGCAACAGUCAUCGACUGUGACAUGAUGGACAUUGACAGCCCUGAUCCGACGCCGCCCGAGAGCGUCCCAAGGAUACGCCGAAGUGGGUGCCGCAAUUGGAGCCCAGAACGGUCUGGCGCAUCUGUUUCGGGCGAGCGCGCAGGCUCACCCUCGCACCAAAGGCCUGGGGCAUUCCACAAUCGCACGUUCCGCAGUGAUGCGCAGCGGCCAUCCCGAAAGGUGCUGAGACUCGACUCGAAGCCCACAACGGGACACCCUGUCGCAGCGAAGGAAACUGACCAGCAAACGCCGCCGCCUCUCAAGAGGCCACGACGACCUACUGCUGCUCCGCGCCAACAGGCAGUUCAGAAGGCUGUGACCUCUCGGCGGCGUCGGGGUGAAGAUGGACAGGUGCACCGGGAAGGUCGACCAGACGUCGCGUUGCGCAUCAAGAAGCAAUGGUGCGACAAGAUCUUCGACAGCACCAAGGUGUGGGAGAUUCGUGGCAGCGCUUUGCACAAGCGAGGACGCGUUUGCAUUGCCCAAUCGAAAUCCCAGCAGUUGGUUGGGGAGGUCACCUUCGUGAAUUGCGUGAAGGUGGGAAAGCUGGAGGAUGGGAGGCUAGUACCUUGGAGCGACAGCGAAGCUGACAGGCAAAAUUUCAUUGGCAACCCGGACAACUUGACCAAGCACUGCAUUCAGGAUCUUGGAAUUGUCCAGUACCCUCGUGUCUUCGCCUGGGUCAUGGAGAAUCGGCACCGCUAUGACGAGCCGGUGGCCUACGCCCACAAGAUUGGAUGUGUCAAUUGGGUCAAGCUCGAGUGGGCGCACGGGCAAGCUGAAGCGAAGGCUCCUGGGGCUGUCCGCCGGUCCUGCUCUGCCUCUACCAGGCCUCCGCCGGACAGGAAAGAGCUCCAUGACACCCCAAGAGUUCUUUUGAGACCGCAGGCCGCGCUGCAGGCAACGCCGGCUUGGACUCUCAGGCCUGGACACAUAGUGUUCGAUGACCCUGAGGACGUUCCUGACGAGCAUGUUGAGCAAGCCUGA